AUGUCAUACUACGACAUUGACUCCAUCCUGACGGAUGCAGAGAAAGUGCCUUGCAAGUUUGAAAUCGACGCCGCCGACCUCGGAUACCUCGAUAACAACCCGAGCCAUACCCUCAAAGCCGGCACUCAAAUCUCUCUCCCUCUCUGGCUCGCCGAGAUGCUCGCCCUCGCCAGCACAGGCGCAGACUCCAAGGCGCCCGUGACGCUGAACCUCCCGCCGGCACUGUCGAACCAAGUCGUCCAGGCCCUCAAAGCCGACCCGCGAGCCGUACCUGUCAGAGACCAGAGCGCCCACUUCUACGGUCUUGGCACUCGCAUCCUCGAUCUCUUCGACGAGCGCGAGCUGAGCGAGGUCGCGAGGAAGACUUUCGUCACGCGGGCGGCCGUGGUCGCGCUCCACGCUCGCAAGGGAGGCGACGACGGUGUUGGAGGCUCAAGCGAGGACUUCCUUCGUGGCUUGGACGAAUGGGAGCGAAGUCUGUUCAGGAAAGCGCAUGACGGCCACAAGGCUUCCAAGGAGUGGCUGGACAAGGUCAAAAAGUACUGA